UGCUUGCAUUUUAGGCCCCUUGCCUGCUGGCGUCACGUGGUCAUUAUGAAGGUGCUGGUGAUGCUCCUCCUCUCUGCAGUAGCACCUGGGUGCAGAGCGAACUUCUCCUACAGCCAGCCACCCAAGCUGCUCCUGGUCUCCUUCGAUGGCUUCCGGGCCGACUACCUGCAGGACUACGAAUUCCCUCACCUCCAGAGUUUUAUCAAGGAUGGCGUCCUGGUAGAACAUGUGAAAAACGUCUUUAUCACAAAAACAUUCCCAAACCACUACAGCAUUGUAACGGGCUUGUACGAGGAAAGCCACGGCAUUGUGGCCAACUCCAUGUACGACCGGGUCACGAAGAAACAUUUUUCUGAUGCUGAUGAUAAGGAUCCUUUCUGGUGGAACGAGGCAGUCCCUAUUUGGGUGACCAAUGAGCUGCAGGAAAACAGAUCGAGCGCUGCAGCCAUGUGGCCAGGGACUGACAUUCUCAUUCAUAACACCACGCCUUCCUACUUUAUGAACUAUAACCCCUCGGUGUCAUUUGAGGAGAGACUAAAUAAUAUCACCACCUGGCUCAGCUAUUCCAACCCACCAGUCACCUUUGCAACUCUCUAUUGGGAAGAACCAGAUGCAAGUGGCCACAAGUAUGGCCCUGAAGACAGAGACAACAUGCGCAGGGUUCUGAAUGAAAUAGAUGGCCUUAUUGGCAGUCUAGUUCAAAAGCUGAAGCUGGUAGGACUCUGGGAAAAUAUUAAUGUGAUCAUUACAAGCGAUCACGGGAUGAGCCAGUGUUCGGAGAAGAGACUGAUAAACCUGGAUCACUGCCUCGACCCCUCAAGCUACAGUCUCAUAGAUUUGAGCCCAGUGGCUGCAAUUCUUCCAAAAAUAAAUAAAACAGAAGUAUAUGACAGACUGAAAAACUGUAGUCCUCACAUGAAUGUUUAUCUCAAAGAAGACAUUCCCAACAGAUUUUAUUACCAACAUAAUGAUCGAAUCCAGCCUAUCAUCGUGGUUGCUGAUGAGGGCUGGAGAAUUGUGCUAAACAAAUCAUCAUCAAAGUUAGGAGACCACGGUUACGACAAUUCCCUGCCCAGCAUGCACCCAUUCCUGGCUGCCCACGGGCCUGCCUUCCACCGAGGCUACAAGCACGGCACCAUCGACAUGGUGGACAUCUACCCCAUGAUGUGCCACAUCCUGGGGCUGCCGCCGCGGCCCCACAACGGGACCUUUGGCCGGACCAAGUGUCUGCUGGCCGACCAGUGGUGCAUCAACCUCCCGGAGGCCAUUGGGAUCGUGGUGGGUGCCCUCCUGGUGCUGACCACGCUGACCUGCCUCAUCGUGGUCAUGCAGAACAGGCUGUCAGCGCCACACUCCUUCUCCCGGCUCCAGCUGCAGGAAGACGACGAUGACCCGCUGAUUGGGUAAGGGGUGGGCCUCCCUGUCUUUGACCAACCUCAAAACCACCAGUGCGUUCAAGGAGAGACAGCCCGCGCCUCGCACACUCGCAUGACUUGGUUUUUCCUUGUGCUCGUACAAAUAACCCUGCCCCUGGUAAAACCGCAAGUGGGUCAGUUCACUCUUCACAUAGAAAGAACUUUCGGUGAAAACAAGUGUUUUAAAAACUCCAUCUGCUUCCCCUCCACCUUUUUUUAAAGCAAGGAAGAUGAUACAUCUCUAGAUGAAAAUAGGCACAAAUUUAAUAGGCAUGGUUUUUCUAAUAAAUUUAUACAUUUGUAAAUGAAACAAUAGAAAUCUUUAUGUAAUUCCUGGAUUUUGUGUAUCAGAGUUUCCUGUAUUUUUAUAUUUACCUUUAAUUAGUUUGUAUCCAAAGUGAACUCUUGAGGUAGAAAGUUCUGUUGGGGCUGAUAAAAUUGAUUAGCCGGUUAGGAAAAAACAAAUCUAACAUAAAAAAAAAAAACAUUUUAGGUAAAGAUACUAAAGGUCAAACCCAUCUAAGACCAUUCUGUACGAAAUAUGAAUUAUCACCCUUGUGUCUUUGUUAAGAACCUUAAGUGACCAAAAUCAAAAAAGUUCAGUCUUUCAGGACAUAAAUGUGUGGCGGCAUGCACCUGUAACCCUGGCACUGAAGCCCCCCUGGCAAGGCAGAGGGUUAUAAAACCUGAACAACGUGGUGAGACCCUGUCACUUCUUUUGAUGAUUACUAAUGAGGAAUUUUUUUUUUUUUUUGGCCACCGCGGGGCUUGAACUCUGGCCCUGGGCG